CCCGUGAGCCUCUUGUUUAAAUUAUCAACUUUUCUGGGAACUCCACCCCAACCCCAUAUUAUCGUUGUUAUGGUUCUUUACCAUAAUUUAUUCAUUGAACUAUUUUGAAUAAGACGCCGCUGAAGGGUCAAGCUGUGAAGCCCGUGUAUAACCCCUGCUAUAUAUCUACAAGUUAAAUUUAGAUUACCCAAAGGAGUUUCCGUACAUCUGAAUUGACGCCAUUCAGUUUGUCAAUAAGGAGUGACCUCGUUUCUCUGAACUUUGGCGUGAUUUCUGUCAUAAUAUUAAACGACCGUACACGUGAUUUGCUGCUCAUUUUCAAUACUGUUCGAGACAUGAAAUAAGUGACUAUGGAGUUUAUAAAUAAGGAAAUUUGGCCAGAGGAAUUUUCGGGGGCUGUUUACGGAUUAACAGUGGUUUCCAUAUCAUUUGUAGGAUUUUAUGUUUUAAGUGUUUUCGCUGAAUUUUUGCUACCCAAAGCUGCCGAAAAGAAUGCUUGGAAAUGGAAAAACAUUUCUACAUCGCUAGUUCAUUCAGUCAUAACUGGGUUUUGGUCUUGUUUGUGUUUCUACGACAAUCCAAAGUUGGCAGAAGACAUGAUCAAGACUCACACAGUAUUAGCACACACUUUGAUCAGCGUGUCUGUUGGUUAUUUUAUAUAUGAUAGUGUUGAUAUGCUGAGAUACCAGAGAAAUAGACAGUCCUUUGAAUUAUUAGGACAUCAUGUUGUGAUCAUCAUCUGUUUUGGUGUGUCCAUCGUAUCCAGGAUGUACGUCGGUUACGCUGUCGUUGCCUUGGUGAUAGAGCUCAACAGUAUUUUCCUACAUCUUAGACAGAUUUUACAAAUUUGCCAGUUUAAAAAAGACAAUAAAUUUUACAGACUUAAUAGCAUUAUCAACCUAGGUACAUUUGUGGCGUUCCGUAUUUCUGUGAUGGCAUGGAUGAGUAAAUGGCUGUUGAUCAACAAAGACCUCAUUCCUUUUGUGUUUUACACCCUCGGCAGCAUUGGGCUAGCAGUCAUGACUGUCAUGAAUAUUGUGCUGUUUUACCGUCUCCUGAAGAGCGAUUUUAUCCGCAAGAAAGAAUCCACCGUCAAAGUGGAUUAGCCUUCAUGUAGUUAGAUAGCUUUUUAUGAUUAAUAUAAAUUAUUUAAUUAAUUGAAAUAUGAGAAUGUUUAAAUGAAUUUUAUGUGUGUUGGAAAGAGAUAUUUUUGUUUUCUAAUUCAGAAAAGUUGAUUAAGACUUUUUAGGUGUGAUGUCUAAAAAUGUCUGUCAUAUUAAUUUUGAAUACAUUUUUUGUCAUGAUUAAGUUUUACUCAGACUGAGUCAAUAUAUUAUCUGCUUGAUUCAAAGAUAACAGUGCAGACGUGUUUAAAUCAAACCCCGCCAGUGUGUUGUCAGUAUAAUUUCAUGUAUGUUAAAAUGUAAUUCAUCUACUGAAGGGACAUCAUUUCUGUAAAUCUAUAGGAAGAAUAUUUGUUAAUUUUUUUGAAGUUUUUGUAUUGAGCCAUUUAAGCAUUCCUUGUUUAUAAGAAAUCAAAAUAUAUAAUUGUUAAUGGACAAUAAUCCAAACAGUUCGAACAAUUUAAACCAAAAACGGCACCAAACCACCUCACUAUCCUAAGUAUCCUAAUUACAUCUCAAAAUUAUACAGUUGUGGUAUUUUGGCAAUAUUUUGUAUAAAUAAAAAUGUACUGUGAAAGUUAUUAAUUUUCAAAAACUUGAAUAAUGACCACUAAAUGUAAAGGAAAUCUUAAUUUGGGGAACUUUUCUGAUAAACAUUUAAAGAAUUGUAAGAAAUGAGUGGAUAUAAUAGAUAAAUUUUACAUUUAUAACAGGUAUUUUACUGGGUUGCCUUUUAUCUUUUCUCAAGUAUGCAAAUAUAAUAUGUCUUUUUGUUUUUAACUGAAUACAUGUAAUUUGGUGACUUUCAACACACUCAUGACUUGUUAAUGAUUUAAAUGUAAAUGAACACACUUUACUUUGAAAACAAGUUCUUAAGUUUCCUCGGCGCUAUCUUUGUUAUUGGUAAAGAUAAAGGGAAACCAAAUUAGUUCAUAACAAAGGUAUAAAGACAUGGUUUAAAGUACAAUGUAUGAAAAUGCCUCAGAUGUUAAUCAAAAUGUGCAGAUGUUUAAUAAAAGUGUGCUUGGAAGGGGACCAAAGAUACCUCUUGAAAUAAAAGAGUUUGAUAAUUAAGAUGACAAAUCUUUGAAUUUUAUGAUUUAAGCUUCUUUAUGGUUGGAUAAAAUGAAAUUUAUAAAGCUGUAAUAUUUCAGAUUUAAUCUUCCAUUUGAUUAUUAACCAUCAGAUGAGUAAGUCUGAUUAUCUUUAAAAGCAAAAUAACAAAAUGUUAAAUACAUGUUUUAUAAACUAAGGUUAGUUAUUAACCUAUCUCAGGGGUGUACUUGACACAAGAUAUUUCUAAGAAAACUUUAUUUUUUAUGAUGUUUUGAAUAAAAGAAUUUUCAGGCAUCCGAAGAUAAAAAUAAAAUUAGAUUUAGAUCUAGUUGGUUAAUGUUAAUUAUUCUACAUGUAAACUUACAAUCA